AUGGACUGCGAAAAUCAGACUUCAUUGACUGAGUUUGUCCUCACUGGGUUUCCGUACCCCUCACACCUGAGGGGUCCUUUAUUCAUCUUCUUCUUGCUUGUCUAUUUGUUGACACUCUUGGGAAACCUUGUGAUCCUGUUGGUUGUGGUGUUCAGUUCCCAGCUCCACAAACCCAUGUACUGGUUCCUUUGCCAUUUGUCAUGCUUGGAUCUGGCCGUCUCCUCUGUGGUGGUUCCCAAAAUCAUUGCUGGGUUUUUGGAGAACGGCGGGCGCCUCUCCUUCGGAGGCUGUGUGUCCCAGCUCUUCUUCUUCCACUUCCUGGGCUGUGCGGAAUGCUUCCUGUACACCCUGAUGGCGUACGACCGCUUCCUGGCCAUCUGCAAGCCACUCCAUUAUGCCACCAUCAUGAACCGGAAGGCGUGCCUGUUCCUCGCCGUGGGCACCUGGUUUGGCGGCUGCCUUCACUCAGCCCUGGAGACAGCCCUUAUUUUUCGCCUGCCCUUUGGAUGGAGGAACCGAGUGAACUAUAUUUUUUGCGACAUCCCAGCUGUGCUGAAACUGGUCUGUGCCGACACCUCACUCAACGAGACGGUGACCAUGGUUGACGUUGGCCUGGUGGCCGUAACCUGCUUCUUUCUCAUUCUGACUUCCUACGUGUAUAUCGUGUCCACUGUACUGAAGAUCCACAGUGCGGAAGGGCGUCAACGAGCUUUUUCAACCUGCUCAGCCCACGUCAUCCUGGUGGUGACUUACUAUGUCCCCCUUGUCUUCAUCUACCUGAGGCCAGGAUCCCAGGGACCGUUGGAUGGGAUGGUUGCCGUGUUCUACACUUCCCUGACUCCACUUCUGAAUCCCAUAAUCUAUACACUGAGGAACAAGGAUAUAAAAAUUGCCUUAAUGAAAUUGUCCAGUAGGACACCCUAG